AUCUACUCCACCUUUCUGGCACACACUUUUGAUGUCAGUGGAUAUAAUUAAAUAUUGAAAGGGGAUUUCUGCUGCGUUACUGGUUAAAAGUAGUUUAAAAAGAAGACAUUGAAGAGAAACACAGUGGAUAGAACCAAUAGUUGGUUUGUCACUGAAUGUUUAACCUAAAGUACCUGUUUUCUACUCGCUUUAUUGUUUUUGAAAUAGCUAAAGUGUUGAGACUUUAACAUUUUCUGAUCUCUCAUAUUCGAGUUGUAUUUGAUAUCCUCUGAACGUGAUCCUGCGGUCGUCACGUUGUUUGAGAAGAGCACUGAAGUGCUUCUAUACCACUAUACGUAUUAUCCUAAUUGGCUUAAUGGGUCUUUUCAAAGGAGGUGGUAACACUCAACAAAUGCCCGAACGGCCAAAACCAGAUUCUGGAGAUUCCAAUGGCAGCCUAAGUAACGAUCCCAAUACCAAUUCGACUGGGGGCACGGAACAAGACCAAAGUUCCUUUACAAUUCUCAGCAGCGAUACGGAUAGCUGGGAAAGAAGCGACGACUUCGAGCAUCUUCGAAAACCUACAGAAACUCCGGAUUCUAGUUCUGAUCGUGACGCUAGAGAAAUACAACAAGUAAGGUUUCUACUGUCAGAUGAAGAAGAAAUUGAAACGAAUAAGAAAAAUAAUAUUUCUCUUUCACCCGAUUGUGACCAAGCCGUACACAUCCAGAAACACAAUAUGAAGUUAAGACAAUCCAUGUCUGGAAUCCACCUAGUUCACAAGGAUAAAGACAACUUCCGCCUGAACGGGAAGGACGUCACGAUUUCCACACCAGAAGAAUUUGUUUUUAACUUCGGGGGAAAAAAGGUUAUUAAUAAGGUUCUAAUAGCCAAUAAUGGAAUUGCAGCUGUCAAAUGCAUGCGAUCUAUACGGCGUUGGGCAUAUGAAAUGUUCAGAAAUGAGCGUGCUAUACGAUUUGUUGCCAUGGUCACUCCAGAAGAUCUUAAGGCCAAUGCUGAAUACAUUAAGUUAGCUGAUCACUAUGUUCCAGUACCAGGAGGAACAAACAAUAAUAAUUAUGCAAAUGUGGAGCUUAUUCUUGACAUAGCAAAGAGAACAAACGUCCAGGCUGUUUGGGCAGGAUGGGGACAUGCAUCAGAAAAUCCUUCAUUACCAGAACUCUUAAGUCAGAAUGACAUUGCUUUUAUGGGACCACCAUCCAAAGCUAUGUGGUCCCUGGGUGAUAAAAUUGCUUCAACAAUUGUUGCUCAAACAGCCAACAUCCCCACUUUGCCUUGGAGUGGUUCAGGAUUAAAAGCUGACUGGAAUGAAUCUCUAAGCAAGAAAAACAAAGUUAUAAAAAUUCGAUCAGAGCUAUACAAGAAAGGGUGUAUAGAAGAUGUUGAACAAGGAUUAAAGGCAGCUGAGUCUAUUGGGUUUCCAGUUAUGAUCAAAGCUUCAGAAGGUGGAGGAGGAAAAGGCAUCCGUAAAGUUGAUAAUGCUGCUGAAUUCCCAAACAUGUAUCGACAGGUUCAGCUAGAAGUUCCAAGUUCUCCUAUUUUUAUCAUGAAACUAGCAACUUGUUCUCGCCACUUGGAAGUCCAACUUCUUGCUGACCAGUAUGGAAAUGCAAUCUCUCUUUUUGGCCGAGACUGCUCCAUCCAACGACGUCAUCAGAAAAUUAUAGAAGAAGCCCCAUGCGUGAUAGCAAAGUUGGAUGUCUUUGAAGAAAUGGAAAAGGCUGCUGUUCGGCUGGCUAAAAUGGUGGGAUAUGUCAGUGCUGGGACAGUAGAGUACUUAUAUGAUGAAAGUGGAAAUUUCUUUUUCUUGGAACUCAAUCCUCGCCUUCAAGUUGAACACCCAUGUACUGAAAUGGUUGCCAAUGUGAACCUUCCUGCUGCACAGCUUCAGAUAGCUAUGGGCAUCCCCCUCCAUAGAAUAAAGGAUAUUCGAGUGUUGUAUGGUGAAUCAUUGUGGGAUGAUAGUGAGAUAAAUUUUGAUCAACCUAACCAUAAACCUUAUCCAUGGGGUCAUGUCAUAGCUACUCGAAUCACCAGCGAAAACCCAGAUGAAGGAUUUAAGCCAAGUUCAGGAACAGUGCAGGAAUUGAACUUCAGAAGUAACAAGAAUGUAUGGGGUUAUUUCAGUGUGGGAGCUUCUGGGGGGCUUCAUGAAUAUGCAGACUCUCAGUUUGGUCAUUGUUUCUCUUGGGGUGAAGAUAGGGAGGAAGCCAGAGAAAACAUGGUGUUGGCAUUGAAAGAGUUGUCAAUCAGAGGAGAUUUUAGGACAACAGUAGAGUACUUGGUUACACUGUUAGAAACAGAAGACUACCAAAUUAACCAGUUUGAUACUGGUUGGCUAGACAGGCUUAUUGCCAAAAGAGUUCAGGCAGAAAAACCAGACACAAUAUUGUCACUGAUUUGUGGAUCUGUUCAUGUUGCUGACCAAGUGAUUAUAAGCAGCUUCCAGAAUUUUCACAGCUCGUUGGAGAAAGGUCAGAUUUUGCCUGCUACAGCUUUAAGCAGUACGGUUGAUGUGGAACUUAUACAUGAUGGUUUGAAAUAUGACGUUAAGGCCUCUAGAUAUGGACCUACAUCUUAUUUUUUGUGUUUGAACAACUCUGUCAAAGAAGUAGAAGUUCACCGAUUAAAUGAUGGAGGGUUACUAGUUUCAAUAGAUGGUACAAGCUAUGCCACUUACAUGAAAGAUGAGGUUGAUCGUUACCGUGUAGUCAUAGGAAACCAGACCUGUGUGUUUGAAAAAGAAAAUGACCCCACGGUGCUGAGAUCGCCUUCCACUGGGAAGCUUCUUCACUUUUUGGUUGAAGAUGGGGCUCACCUGCUUGCAGGACAAUCUUAUGCAGAAAUUGAAGUGAUGAAAAUGUUAAUGACACUAACUGUAAAUGAUGCAGGCUGUAUUCAUUUUGUAAAACGUCCAGGGGCUGUACUGGGUUCUGGAAGUGUAUUGGCGAAACUGGAACUGGAUGAUUUGAGUAGAGUUGUUAGAGCCCAACUUUUUGCUGGAACCUUUCCACCUUCUGAAAAGAGUGAACUUGAAGAACACAAACUAAGUCAUGUUUACCAAAUUUCAAAGCGGUGUCUAGAAAAUAUCCUUGGAGGUUAUGUCAUUCCUGAGCCAUUUUUUGGACUGAAAAUGUCAGAAACUGUAAACACUUUUAUGAAGACACUACAUGACCCAACAUUGCCUCUUCUAGAACUGCAAGAAAUAAUAUCAUCUGUCUUGGGCAGAAUUCCUACAGCUGUAGAGAAAACGAUAAAAAAACUGAUGGGUGAAUAUGCAAACAACAUCACUUCAGUUUUAACACAGUUUCCCAGUCAGCAGAUAGCUAGUGUCAUUGAUGGAUAUGCAGCAACUCUACAGAAGCGGUCAGAUCGUGAUGCUUUCUUCCUGACUACUCAAGGUAUAGUUCAGCUUGUUCAGAGAUACAGAAAUGGAAUUCGGGGACAGAUGAAGACUGCUGUGCAGGAUUUAUUGAGACGGUAUCUUAUUGUGGAAUCAGAGUUUCAGUUAGGUCAUUAUGACAAGUGUGUGUCUCUGUUACGAGACAAACACAAGGAUGAUAUGGAAACUGCUGUCAAUAAAAUUUUCUCCCACUUACAUGUUGAUAAGAAAAAUGCACUAAUUAUUAAGCUGAUUGAUCACAUUUGUACUCACGAACCUGGUAUAACUGAUGAGCUGUCUGACAUAUUACAAGAGCUCACUCACUUAAACAAGGACGAAAAUGCUCGGGUUGCCUUGCGAGCCAGACAGGUUCUUAUAGCAGCUCAUAAUCCAGCUUACGAACUUCGUCAUAACCAAAUGGAAUCAAUUUUCCUCUCGGCAGUCAACACCUAUGGUCAUGAUUCGCAUCCUGAAAACCUACAGAAGCUUAUAAUGUCAGAAACAUCCAUUCUUGACGUCCUUCAAGACUUCUUCUUUCACAACUAUAUCAUUGUUCGCAGAGCAGCUUUAGAGGUCUAUGUGAGGCGAAGCUACACUGCUUACGAACUUUCAUCCAUCCAACAUCUUCAGCUACCAUCAGGACUUUGUGCAGCUCAAUUCCAGUAUCUCCUCCCUUCAUCACAUCCAAACAGAAUGGCUCAAUCUAAAUCUUUGGUAUCAAGUCCAGACAGUGGUAGCGUAGUAGAACUUGAUUCAUUCUUCAUGUUAGAGACAUGUCAGAGAAUGGGUGUUAUCUCAGCUUUCACUUCAUUUGAACAUUUUGCAAGCAAUUUUGAAGAGUUGAUGGAGCUUUUCUAUGAAUCCCCACCACCAAGUCCAAAUCUGUGGGAGGUUGAUUAUACCAGAAGACGAUCCUCUACAUCAUUUUGUGAUAUCCAGCUUCCAUUGGUUCAGCCUAAACAUAUACUAACUAUUGCUGUUACUAUGCCAGUUGAAGAGGAUGAUGAAGAUCUUAGUGAGAGAUUUCAGAACUUUUGUGGAGAAAAAAGGGAGAUUCUAAAAGAAAACUUCAUACGCAGAGUGACUUUCAUGGUUAUUCAAAAGCACAACUUUCCUAAGUACUUUACUUAUCGUGACAGAGAUAUGUUUGGAGAAGAUCAAAUUUACAGGCAUCUUGAGCCAGCUUUGGCUUUUCAGUUAGAGAUCAAUCGUCUUCGUAACUAUGAACUUGAAGUUAUUCCUACAACCAACCAAAAGAUGCAUUUAUAUCUUGGAAAAGCAAAGGUAUUAAAAGAACAAGAGGUAACUGACUACCGAUUUUUUGUUCGCUCCAUUAUACGACAUUCAGAUCUAGUUACAAAGGAAGCAUCUUAUGAGUACCUUAGAAAUGAGGGAGAAAGAUUACUUUUGGAGGCAUUGGACCAGUUGGAAGUUGCUGUAAUCAGCCACCCUUAUGCUAAAUCAACAGACUGUAACCACAUUUUUCUCAAUUUCAUUCCAAAAGUCACAAUGAAUCCAUUAAAAAUUGUUGAAAAUGUGACUGAUAUAGUGAUGAGAUAUGGUCCUAGAUUAUUGAAACUUCGAGUGUUGCAAGCUGAACUGAAAAUGACUAUAAGGGAAUCUCACAAUGAAAAGUGCAUCCCGGUCCGUUUGUUUGUGGCCAAUGAAAAUGGCUAUUACCUUGACCUUGAUUUGUAUAAAGAAGUAACAGAUGCUGAAACUGGCCAAAUUAAGUUUGAGGCUUUGGGACCCAAACAUGGUCGUCUGCAUGACCAGCCCAUCUCCACACCAUAUCUGACUAAAGAUUACCUUCAACUGAAAAGGUUUCAGGCACAGUCAAAUGGAACCACAUAUGUUUAUGAUGUUCCUGACAUGUUUAAGCAAGCCUUACUUCGACACUGGCAAGAGUUUGUAGUGAAGAGACCAGAGGUAGAAAUACCCAGUCAAGUAGUCAGCUGUGUAGAAUUGGUACUGAAUGAAAUGGGACAUCUGAAUGAACAGAAGAGGAUGCCUGGAUCAAAUGAUAUUGGAAUGGUUGCCUGGCACAUGACUCUUUACACUCCUGAAUGUCGUACAGGUCGUCAAGUCAUCUUGAUCUGUAAUGACAUAACCCAUGUUAUUGGAAGCUUUGGGCCAAAAGAAGAUGUUCUUUUCUUGAGGGCCUCUGAGAAGGCACGAACACUUGGAAUUCCCCGUUUGUACAUAUCAGCCAAUAGUGGUGCUCGUAUUGGUUUAGCUAAUGAAGUGAAACAACUGUUUCGUGUUGCUUGGAUAGAUCCUUCAGUGCCAGAUAAGGGUUUUAAGUAUCUUUACCUCACUCCUGAUGACUACAAGAAAAUUAGUUCUCAGAACUCUGUCGUUGCAGAGAUGAUUGAAGACGAAAAUGAAUCUCGUUAUAUGGUUAAAGCUGUUAUUGGUAAGGAAGAUGGUCUAGGAGUAGAAAAUCUCAAGUUUGCUGGUGCUAUAGCUGGAGAGUCAUCCCAAGCUUAUAAUGAGAUUGUUACUAUAAGUAUGGUUACGUGUCGAACCAUUGGUAUCGGAACUUACUUGGUUCGACUUGGCAGCAGAGUGAUUCAGGUUGAAAAUUCCCACAUAAUUUUGACAGGAGCUGGAGCACUUAACAAGCUACUGGGGAGGGAAGUAUAUUCAUCCAACAACCAGCUAGGUGGCAUCCAGAUCAUGCACAACAACGGAGUAGCACAUACCACAUCACCUGAUGACAUUCAGGGUGUUUACAUCAUGCUGAAAUGGCUUUCAUACAUUCCAAAGUGUCAUGGUGGAGAACUGCCUGAAAUUGAUCCUGUGGAUCCAGUUGAAAGAGAAAUUGUAUACCACCCUUCUAAGGUCCCUUAUGACCCUCGCUGGCUCCUUGCUGGCCGAGAGAGCUCUUCUCUACCCGGAAGCUGGGAAGAGGGAUUUUUUGACAGAGAUUCCUUUGAUGAGAUCAUGCAGCCGUGGGCUCAGACUGUUGUGUGUGGACGAGCAAGACUUGGUGGCAUACCUGUCGGCGUUAUUGCUGUGGAAACUCGAACUGUAGAUCUCGUCAUUCCUGCUGAUCCUGCCAAUUUAGAUUCUGAGACUAAGUUAGUGUCUCAGGCAGGGCAAGUGUGGUUUCCAGAUUCGGCCUACAAAACUGCUCAAGCAAUCAAAGAUUUCAAUAGAGAAGAGCUACCACUUUUUAUUUUUGCCAACUGGCGGGGAUUUUCUGGGGGAAUGAAAGAUAUGUAUGACCAAGUAGUAAAGUUUGGUGCAUAUAUCGUGGAUGCUUUGCGAGACUACAACCAACCAAUUCUGGUUUACCUCCCACCUCAUGCAGAACUGCGAGGAGGUGCGUGGGUGGUCUUGGAUGCUAUGAUUAAUGAAACGCAUAUGGAGAUGUUUGCUGACCCUGAGAGCAGAGGUGGUGUUUUAGAACCAGAAGGAACUGUAGAAAUAAAGUACCGGAAGAAAGAUUUAUUGAAAACAAUGCAUCGGACUGAUGAUAUCUGUCAAAAAAUAAAAGCUUGCCUCACAUCACAAGAGCUUACAGAAGAAGAAAAGUCAUCUUUAGAAAAACAGCUUAAUCAAAGAGAACAGCAAUUGUUCCCAGUAUACCACCAAGUAGCUCUGACAUUUGCAGAUCUGCAUGACACUCCUGUACGAAUGCGUGAAAAAGGGGUUAUUCAGGAAAUUAUUCCAUGGGCUAAAGCACGAUCUUUCUUCUACUGGCGUCUCAGACGACUACUGUUACAAGAUAAAAUGAAGAAAAAGCUGCUUCAAAUUAAACCUCAUUUGUCUUCCAGAGAAUUAGAUUUCAUGCUUAACAGGUGGUUUAUUGAAGACUUUGGUGUUGCUAGUUCCAACCUGUGGGAUGACAACCAAGCUGUGGCAAAGUGGCUGACCACUCAACUGGAAGACUCAAAUGACCAGUCCAACAAAACAAAUAGCUUUUAUUAUUUGAAGCAAGAUCUACUUGUAUCUCAAAUCAAGAGUGUUGUUCAUGAUCAGCCAGACAUGGCUUCAGAUCUUGCAAAAAGUCUUAUCCAUAUGUUGAGCCCCCAGCAGCGAACAGAACUUCAGAAGAUUAUCAACUCCUUAGAUUGUUCUAUCUCGGUUCCAAAAUCAACCAAAAGGUUCUCAACUCGGCGUAGCUCUAUCCCUGUAGGGGUUCUAGAAUUUCGAGAAACAGUACAAGAGCAACCUCACAAUUCACGUGCCACAUCAAACCCAAGACCUUCUGUCAUAGAAGAUUUAGAGUUUCGACCAAACAACAGUCGACGAGGGUCAUGGAUACCAGCUGACACAUGUUAAAUUGUUUUAAUUAAGUUUAUUUUUGUUUAUUUUUCUCUCGUACAAGUGUACAAUAAUUGACUUUUUUUUCAUUAGUUUUCAUUUUUGGGGAUAUGGAAGUUUUACUUUUGCAAUUUUUAUUUUUAAAUAUUUCUUGCUGUAUACAUUAUUCAUAUGCUUAAUUAAAAUUAUUUUAACUUAAAAUCAGUAUUUAAAUUAACAUUUUGUGUAAAGUGAAGUUUCAAACAGUUACAAGAACAUGUAUCUCUCAAUGAUUUUUCCAUUGAAAAUAAACAUAUUAUUUCAAAAGUCUUUACUCUAGAUUAUAACCUGCUGUAAAAGCAUGAAGGUUUAAAGUAUCUUCAUGCAUUUUGACCAAAAAUAAACAAAUCUCAAGUGAUAGAAAAUAUUACUACAGAGUAACCAUAUGGCUA